UCUCUUUUUCUCUAGAACACCCCAAAAAAAUAACAAGAAAAUAAAUAAAAUGAGAAAGAUGGUUUCAUUAAGGUUAACAAGCUUAAUUUUGGCUGGUUUUCUUCUUUUACAUGCCCUAAGAAACUCCUUAGCUGAUGCUCAUCAAGCUAAGGUAGCAAACACCCUAUCGAAGAAAAACCAUGUAUUUGCAAGAGAAGAAGUUGUUGAUGCAAAAAAUCAAAUUUCAAAGGCAAAGGCAAAGGCAAAGGCAAAGGCAAAGGCAAAGGCGGUACCUAUAGGAGGAAGGAAAAUGAUGAUUAGUCGCGAGGAUGAUCAAAUGGUGACAGAGAAUCCAACUCCAAUGCUCUCAGCCUCAGGAAAUGAUCAAGAGAGAAAUGCUAUGAAGAUCGCCGCCUCUUCUUUAAGAUUGCAUGAUGGGUCACACAAUCAGGAUAAAGAGAAGGCUUUUCGCAACCUCGGAAGCUUAAAGCCAAAACUUAACAAGGCAAAAAUCACUCAAGACUAUGAUACAAGGGCUAAAACAGACGAAGAAUCAAAGCGACUUGUAGACGCAGCUAAUGAGAUAAUGAAGCUAAUGCAUAAAGAUUAUGGUGGAUGGAAGAAACCUAAGGGGAGGCCACCCAUUAACAACCAUAGUCCUAAACACUAAAACCAAAAAAAUUGUCAAAAUCAACCUUAGUUAGGUUUUCGGUUCACAAUUUUGUACCCUUAAUAGUAAGUGAACCUUCAAUCUUCACUAGGUAUAUAGUCCUGUACUAUAUUCGGCUCCUAUUUUUUCGGCCUCAUUUUGGAUUAAUGUUUUAGUCUAUAUAAGGAAAAUAGUAUAGGUAUUAGGUAGUCAUGGUGUUACACUGUUACAUGACAUAUAGGCAUAGAAAAUUAGCAUGUAAAGAGUGAUAUCAAGUUCAAGGUAUACGAUUUCUUGUUGAGCUU